UUUGACCAUUCAAGGCACCCGUACUAUAAUCGCAUGACAGCAUCCGAACGGGUUGUUUCGACAGUGUUGCAAACAAUGGUCAACUUUAAUGCAGAUUUUUUCUAGAAAAGGGGAAUUAUAUAGCUAGAUCUGUCAACGAAAAGCUCCACAUGGCAGGUAGUAGACUAGAGAGAUUUGGAACGGUAUUCACAAGGGUUAGAGACCUGAUACGCUCUGGAGUCAUAAAGCCAAAGGAAAAACCUCUCUGGUAUGAUGUGUACAAGACUUUUCCACCAAAGAGGGCCCCACUUCAUGUGAAACCAGUUACCAGCCCUUCUGCUAAGAAACAGGAAACUGUGCCUGAAAUCUUCUACAGUGAGGAUAAAAUUAGAACGGGAUUCUAUGAGCAGUAUGGGAGAGGUUUGCGGGCUCUUGAUCUCUCCAAAUCAAACUUUGUUUCUACAUGUCAGAGGUUUGUUGACAAGUACAGAGAGUUAAAAAGCCAUGGCAUGCUGGAUAAGUCCUCUUUGUUUGAAGAGACUGGGAAGGCUUUACUUAAAGAAGGUAUCAUCCUGAGAAGGCGAGGAGCUCCUCCUGUUUUGGCCGAGUCCAGGGAUCCUGUGCUUGACCUGAAACUGAUAGACAUGUUGGCAGAGCAGCAGUCCGCUGGGACUGACACAACGAAGACAACAGAAGAUAAAAAUUCAUAGAUCACAGUAGCUCAAGAAUCAUUUGGUGAACUGCAUAUUUUCUCUCUUACCAGCUGUUAUGAUCAAUAAUUUAUUUCUGUUUUUGUUUCUGACACCCAACAAUUGUCUGUUUUUAAUUUCUUGAAAGCCCAUUGCACACUGCACCAGCGGCAGCAUGUUGCCAUUAAAGAUUCAAUGGCGCUAUAAAUCAUAUGUCAGUGCAGGUGAAAAGUUACAAAAAAAACCCAGAAAAUAAUGUUAUAAGUAUUUAGAGGUCUUAUGUUGGGCAAUAAAACACAUUGUUAUAACAUGUA